GCUCCGAUGCGGGUGCCGCAGCCCAUUGCGGAGCGCAAGUCGGAAGAUAAAGUCACGUCCAUUGUCAGUGAAAACGUGGCUGACUUUACAGAUCCGCUGCGGUCGACGGAGGCCGAUGCUUUGUCCACAUCACCCAGCCAUGUGCUGCCCGUGGUGGAGGCCCUUGCCGUGGAGACCCGCUACGAUAAUCGAUUCCGUACUGCACUCAGCUCCACUCUGCUCUCAGUUAGCCCCUUUCUGACCUUCCCGCUGCCCUAUCUGGAAACGGAGCAGGGACGCAACUGUAGGCUGCGAAAACUCUUUCCCGCUGAACUGUACUUCUCCAAGCAGUGGUCGAAGGCAGGACCCCCGUCGAUACAGGAGCGUUCAGAGAGCUGCGGCGACACUGAAGCCGCUGUAAAAUCGGAGCUGGGAAACAAGGAAAACGAACAGCAGUUGCAGCUGCUGCCAGCCCACGAGUUUGUGCAGAUGAAACUCACGGCGCCCGCCACCAAUCGCGACAUCCAGACCAAGCUCGCCGAGUUCCGAUCCUUUGGCGGUCGCUUCCCCAAGGGCAAGGCUCCAAUGCUGAGGUCCAAAAAGAAGAUGCCCGACAUCAUCCAGAGGCCGCAGAAGGUGAGCGAAGAGCAGCUGUACAGAGACGCACUGGAUCCGCAGAACCACCAGAGGCUGCCCGUGCUCUUCUGCAGCUUCCACUACAAUCCCAAAGGCGUGUCCUCCUUCUGUAAGCUGCCCAUGCUGCUGGACAUGAAGUUCUACGGACAGUACGUGUUAAGACCUUAAAAGAAAAGUCUAGACAUUUGCGAGU